AUGUCUCGGCCCAAAACCGCCUCCGCACGUCCGGCCACGUCCGCUGGGCAGCCCAAUCACUCCCUUCGACCAACCACGUCGAGCGGUCUCGAUAGCGAGCAGGGCCAUCAGCACCCCUCCGCAGAGGACAAGAAAGAAUACCUCGACUCCUCCGACGAAUAUUGCAGCACCGACGACCAGUACGACGAGGAGGUCGACAACAUCAACGAUCAGCACCGGCACGGAGAAGACGACGACGACGAUGACGUGUUUGCCUUUGCUCCUCCCGGUCUGGGCACGCCUGCAGUCGAGGUCGUCCCUGCCCCCGUGGAUUUGCCACUACCACCACCAGUUGCUUUGACUGUACCCGAGUCCGCCGCCCCGAAGAGCAUGAACGAGACCGUCCGUGAGAGCAUCUACUACUACGAUCAGAACAGCGGUGCCAUCUACAACGCUGAAGGCGACCUUGUGCAGAUGCAGACCACUGCGCCGCCUUACGUGCAUCAUCCCUCAUCCAUCCCACCUAGCGCCUCGCAACAAAAUUGCACGCAAAACGACGAACAAAAGACAAGCGCACCUGCAUCGCGAAGCACCUCGAUCAAGUGGCACCCUUCGACGCGAGGCGAGAGCGGCCCUUGGCAUCGUCGGUGCGAGUCAUCAGGUAAGGAGUCGGAAGGACGCUACUCGCCCACGUCCUCGCACGACGCCGUGUCCUGGAGCGGCCACGCUGGCACCCAAACGUACACCACCACGGACAGCGCCGACCUGCUGCGCACUCUGCCCAGCCCUUGCUUUUCCAGAGCGGUCGAGCUCGAGCUCGAGCUCGAGGAGGACGACGAUUCGCCGUACCCCGAGGUGCGCGCUUCCGUGUCAAACGUAGACGAUCCAUCGAUGCCGUCGAUCACGUUCCGCUCGCUCUUGUUGGGACUGGAACUGUCGGCGUUUGCUUCGGCUGUCAACACGUUUCUGUCGCAGCGCAACCCGCCGAUCCAGAUCGUCGCCAUUAUCGUGCAGAUCCUCGCACAUCCACUUGGGACCGUCAUGGCCAACGUCCUGCCCAUCCGGUCUUUUGCGUUUCAGCUGCCGAGCUUGCGAAGGAACAGAAACGCGCAACGUUCGAGCAAGUCGUACACUUGGUCGUUCAACCCGGGUCCAUGGAACAUCAAAGAGCACACGGUAGUGCUCGUGGCUGCGACAACGGGGCUCAAACCGUCCUACUCGCUGUCGAUCCUCCUGGCACAGGAUCUGGCUCGCUUCUGGGACGACCGGCGUUCGUUUCUGUACGGACUUCUUUCGGUGUGUGCGCCCCAACUCAUCGGCUUGGCACUGGCAGGGUUCGUGCGCGAGGUGCUCGUCGAACCGGCAUCGAUGAUCUGGCCGCAGAAUCUGUCUGUAUCUACAGUGCUUAACACGCUGCAUGCUGAAGAAGACGCGGUGCACUCGAGCGGUAACCGGCCCCGCAUGUCACGCCUGGGCUUCUUCAACGUGGCUUCCUUGAUCGCGUUCCUGGUCUACUUUCUCCCCGGUUACCUGUUCACGGCGCUGUCGAUCCUGAACUGGGUGUGCUGGAUCUGGCCAAGCAACGUGCCGGUCAACGUGGUGUUUGGCGCGGCGCACGGGCUGGGUGCGAGCGUGCUGACGUUCGACUGGAAUCAGGUCGUCUACCUGGGCUCCCCUCUGGUCAUACCGUGGUGGGCACAGGCGAACCUGUUUGGCGGCUUUGUGAUGGCCAUCUGGAUCGCCGCGCCUAUCUUGUACUUUACCAAUGCGCUGCAUACAACGUACCUUCCCAUUCUGUCUGGAAGCAGCUUUGACCGCUUCGGACAGCGGUACAACGUCAGCAUGGUCUCGUCGAACCACAGCACGCUGCGCGCCGAUGCAUAUGCCAACUACUCGCAGGUCUACAUUUCCGCAGGGCUGAUCGUGGCGUACUUUGGCGGGUUCGCGCUGAUCACGGCAGCCGUGGUGCAUACGACGUUGUACCACGGCCGGUUUGUUUGGGACCGGCUGCGGGCCAAGAGGGCGAUGCCUGACGAUGUGCAUGCUCGGCUGAUGCGCAAGUACGCCAGUGUGCCGUUCUGGUGGUUCGCCGUGGUGCUGGUGGGUGGACUGGGGAUGUUGGUCUUGCUCACAGUUGCAUAUAGCACGCAUCUGCCCAUCUGGGCGCUCGGACUGGCGGUGCUCGUUCCCGCGGCAUACAUGCUACCGUUUGGGUUCAUCUUUGCCAUGAGCGGCUUGCCUGCCGCGGUGAACCUGGUCUCGGAGAUCCUUGCGUCUUGGUUGCUGCCGGGCAGACCGCUGCCGGUCAUGAUGUUCAAGACGGUCAGUCAGCAGACGUUGACGUUUGGUCUGCUAUUCUCGCAGGACCAAAAGCUGGGUCAUUAUAUGAAGAUCGCGCCGCGACAGAUCUUUUUCGUGCAGGUCCUGUCGAUCCUCGUCAACAGCUUCAUCCAAAUCUCGGCGAAGAACUACCUCCGCGAUCACAUCCAGGACGUCUGCGAUCCAGCGCAAGCCCAACACUUCACAUGCGAACCGGUGCAAAUCUUCCAUACGGCCUCAAUCAUUUGGGGCGCGAUUGGGGUGGAACGAAGCUUCGGCCCAAAAUCGCCCUACCGGUGGCUCUUCUCUGGCCUUAUCGUCGGCGCCGUUCUUCCGCUGAUCACAUGGUUCACGUCGCGAAGACUCCAAUGGCCAACGAUGCGCAUCGUAUCUGCCCCCAUCAUCUUUGUAGGUAUGAGUCUGGCUCCACCUGCAUCGGGGAUCAAUUUUACCUCGGCCAUCGUGGUGGGCUACUUUUUCCAGUACUGGAUGCGCAAGCAUCGACUGGACUGGUGGUCGCGGUACAAGUUUGUGCUGGCGGGUGCACUGGAUUUCGGGACGGUGCUGUCGUCGUUGGUGAUCUACCUUUUGCUGCAGAUGCCGAAGAACGAUGCACUGGAGUUGCAGUGGUGGGGGAAUCAGGUGGCUGUGCAGACGGCGGAUGCGCUGGGGAUGCCACUGCUCGAGGCGCCAGAGAUGGGGUUUGCGCCUCCUCCAGGUGCGACCUGA